ACAAAACACCCGAAAAAAGCCAGCAGUCAGGUAUUAUCAGUCCUUCUUAAGGAAUUUACAGCCUCGUCUAUUCCUUUUCGCGUGAUCCUUCUCUCUCUUUCUUAAAACCUGUUAUAUCUACCUUCAUUGUUAAGAAUCUACGCUCAUGAGUGACUAUAUAUGUGUAAGUUUGUUUUAAGCCUCUGUGACCUGUGCAUAUUGCUCCUUUAUACCUGGACACUUCCAACAAGAUUGAAAGAAAAAAAAGAAGAAACAACUCCUUUUGAGAAGACAAACCAAAGGGGGUGAAAAAGGAGAAAUUUUUAAGAGAGCCCGGCUGGUGGAACCUUGUCUAGAAGAGGAAAGGAACUUUUUUUUUUUGGGAUACCCAUUUAGAUUCUGAAGAAAUGGGUAGUUGUGGAAGGAGUGGAGCUGUGAGGCAAUAUGUAAGAUCAAAGGUGCCUCGUUUGAGAUGGACUCCUGAGCUUCAUCGCUGCUUUGUUCAUGCCAUUGAGAGGCUCGGUGGCCAAGAUAAGGCUACGCCUAAACUGGUUCUUCAGCUGAUGGAUGUGAAAGGACUCACCAUUUCACAUGUGAAAAGCCAUCUCCAGAUGUAUAGAAGCAUGAGGAGUGACCUGAGGGGACAAGAUAAUAGCUCCACCCAACAAAAGAGACGAUCUUUUGAUGACCAUGAUGAGUGUGUUGAAGACGUAAAACCCAUUGAAGAAUCAGAUUCUCACUUGAUGUACAGGCCUUUCUCUUCAAAAAGGGCCAGAAUCGAGACCAGGAGUUCAAUAUCUGAGGAGAACCUGCAAUGCAGUCAAGGAAUAUGGGAGACAGUCUCGAAUCCGUACUCUUUUGAUGAUUAUAUGGGAAUAAUGGAGGAAGGUAAUGGAGGUGGUUUCAAAUGGGAGCAAGCCCAUUCUAAGCCUCAAUCGACAGCCUUCUCCCCAUCACUUGACCUGUAUUACUUGAACACUUCGAAACGUGAAGCGGAAGAAUCUGACCUCGUCAAGGUUCUGGGGUAAACAUGCAGGGUAAUCUUUGUGUUACUGUAAUCUUAACGUACUGUGGUCCACUGUCACUUUGAUAAACGGGGUCGCCUCGAGGGUAAAAGGGAGGGGAUUGAAAAUAUCCGUCUAGUGCACUGGAGAAACAUGAAUUCUUAGAGCCAGUACAAGCAGUGGCAGGAAUGCUGUUACUGAAUCGCAGGACUGCCCACAUAUGACUUGGCAUGAUUGUAAUACGGCUACAAUAUUUCUUCCUUAUUCCGUGUCAAUUAAUUAUCAGGAUAAGUAAAGAGGAAUGUCCACCACCUGCCCCAAUUAUGUAGAUAUUUGUAUGCCUUUCCAACUUCUUACGGAGCAACACUUGUAUGAACUGAGAGAUUCCGGUGACAGCUGCAAUGGCUGUUUUUGCUCUUAGGUCUUCAUCUCUGCUACUCAAUAGCAUUGAUAAAUGUUGUCCUAUCUUUCCAUUGCAUUUUGGUGUCAGUAAUGCAGCAAACUAUAGAUGACAGGUUUUUUUUUCCUU